AUGAUGGCAGACGUUCUUCGUCCCUCUUUCCUUUCCUUCAAUUCUACUUUCUUCACUCCUUUCUUUCAAUCCUUUCUUCCUCUUCCCUUUCUUUCAAUUCUUCCUUCUUCUUUCUUUCCUUUAAUUAUUCCUCCUUCUUCCCUUUUUUUUUUCAAUUCAACCUUCCUCUUUCCUUUCCUUCAAUUUUCAUUCAAUUUCCAUUCCUUCAAUUCUAACUUCCUCUUUAUUUCCUUCAAUUCUUCCUUCCUCUUUCCUUUCAUUCAAUUCUUCCUUCCUCUGUUCUUUCUUUCAAUUUUUUCUUCUCGUUUCUUCAAUUCUUCCUUCUUCUUACCCCUCCUUCAAUUCGAUUAUCUUUUCUUUCUGCCUUCCCUGGCUUCCUUCAUUUCUCCCCUCUUUUUCUUUCUUUUUCCUUCUUUCCUUUUCACGCAUUUCCUUCCUUUUCUCUUUCUUUCCUUCUUACCUUCCCUACUUCCUUUCUUAUUUUUUCCCUAUCUUUUUCUUAAUUUCCUCCCUUCCUUCCUUACUUUCUCUUCCUUUCUUCUUAAUUUUCUUCCUUCCAAAUUCCCGUCCUUCCUUUUUUUUAAUUCACUUCCUUCCGAUAUUUUCUUCCUUUAUUUUUAUUCUUUUCCUUACUCUCUCCCUCCCUUCCUCCUUUACAUAAUCUCCUACUCUUUUUCCUUCCUUCCUUUCUUUCUUCCUUCUUACUCUUCUUCUCCCUCGAAAGGAAGCUUUCUUUUUCUUCUUUCCUUCUUCCCUUUCCUUCUUCCUACCUUCUUUCUUUUCAAUUUUUCAUUUUCUUUCUUUCGUUCAUUUAUUGCUUUAUUCUUCUUCACUUCCUUUACUGCCUCUUUUCUUCUUAACAGACAUAUUUUUUUCUUCCUUUUCAUUCCAUUUCUGUAUGAGUUUUUUUUUACGUUCUUCCACCCCUUUUUUAGCCUUUCCUUCGUCGCCAUUUUCUUCUUUCAUUUAAUUACGUUCUUUUGUUUUUAUUUUUCAUUUCUCAUUCACUAUUUUCUUUUUCUUCUACCUCUAUUUUCUUCAUUCAAUCUUUUCAUUUUCUUAUUUUCCUUUUUCAUAUCUUCUUCGAUCUCAAAACGAGAAUUUUCUAACAUUCAUUUGUUUUUCUUUCCCAUCUUCUUUCCUUCAGUUCUUUCAGGCUUUAUUUUGUUACCCAUUUUCUACCACUUUUCUUUUUUCUUUCUUUUUCAUUUCCCUUAUUUCUUUUUUCAUUUUCAUUCGUUUUAUCUUCAUUUCUUUUAUUCGUCUUUACGUUUUUUUAUUUUUCUUUACUGCAUUUUUCCUUUUGUUGUUGUUCUUGUUGUUGUUCCUUGUCGUCUGCUUCCAUCCCCGUCUUUUUCAUUUCCCGCCUUUCUCGCAGUCUCCCCCUAA